UUGCGCAUGCGCACAGGAGGCCAUGUUGUUGUAGUUCGGUGGGACUGGACCGUCAUAUCCCUCCGUUACUGUAUGUCUCUGCGAUAAUCACCCCCUCCCGUUUUUGACAUCAGGGACACGUAAAUAAAUCGGAGGGUGCAAACGGUGACUCGCACAAUGAAUUUAAGCCUGGAUCUGUCGCGCAGAAACCCUCAGGAGGACUUUGAGCUGAUCCAGAGGAUCGGGAGCGGAACCUAUGGGGAUGUGUACAAGGCUCGUAAUGUCAACACUGGGGAACUGGCUGCUAUCAAAGUCAUCAAACUAGAGCCAGGAGAGGACUUUGACGUGGUGCAGCAGGAGAUUAUUAUGAUGAAAGAUUGUAAACACUCAAACAUUGUUGCAUAUUUUGGCAGUUACCUCAGGAGAGAUAAAUUAUGGAUCAGCAUGGAAUACUGUGGUGGAGGCUCACUCCAGGAUAUUUACCAUGUUACCGGGCCGUUGUCAGAAUCCCAGAUUGCAUAUGUUUGUCGGGAGACCCUGCAGGAAAUUAAGGAUGAGUAA